AUGCGUGAAUGCAUUAGUGUUCAUGUUGGUCAAGCUGGUGUACAAAUUGGAAAUGCUUGUUGGGAAUUAUAUUGUCUUGAACAUGGUAUUGAUUCAGAUGGACAAAUGAUAAAAAAAGGAAAAAAUGAUAAAAAUGAUUCAUUUGAUACAUUUUUUCAUCAUACAGGUAAUCGUUAUGUUCCACGUGCUGUUUUUGUCGAUCUUGAAGAAUCUGUUAUUGAUGUUAUUCGAACUGGUCCUUAUAAAUCUCUUUAUCAUCCUGAACAAUUAAUAUCUGAUAAAGAAGAUGCAGCUAAUAAUUAUGCACGUGGUCAUUAUACAAUUGGAAAACAAAUAAUUGAUCUUGUACUUGAUCGUCUUCGAAAAUUAUCUGAUCAAUGUGAUGGUUUACAAGGUUUUUUAAUAUUUCAUUCAUUUGGAGGUGGUACUGGUAGUGGUUUUACUUCAUUACUUAUGGAAAGACUUUCACUUGAAUAUGGAAAAAAAUCCAAACUUGAAUUUGCUGUUUAUCCUGCACCACAAAUUUCAACAGCAGUUGUUGAACCAUAUAAUUCAAUAUUAACAACACAUACAACACUUGAACAUUCUCAUUGUGCUUUUAUGGUUGAUAAUGAAGCUGUUUAUGAUAUAUGUCGAAGAAAUUUAGAUAUUGAACGACCAUCAUAUGCAAAUUUAAAUCGUCUUAUUGCACAAAUUGUUUCAUCUAUAACAGCAUCAUUACGUUUUGAAGGUGCACUUAAUGUUGAUUUAAAUGAAUUUCAAACAAAUCUUGUUCCAUAUCCUCGUAUUCAUUUUCCAUUAGCUACUUAUGCACCGAUUAUUAGUGCUGAAAAAGCUAUGCAUGAACAAUUAUCCGUUAGUGAAAUUACAAAUGCUGUAUUUGAUCCAACAAGUCAAAUGGUUAAAUGUGAUCCACGACAUGGAAAAUAUAUGGCUUGUUGUCUUUUAUUUCGAGGUGAUGUUGUACCACAAGAUGUAAAUAGAGCUGUAGCAACAAUAAAAACAAAACGUUCAAUACAAUUUGUUGAUUGGUGUCCAACUGGUUUUAAAGUUGGAAUUAAUUAUCAACCGACAAGUGUUGUACCUGGUAGUGAUAUGGCACCAGUACCUCGUGCUGUUUGUAUGCUUUCAAAUACAACAGCUAUAGCUGAGGCUUGGGCACGUCUUGAUCAUAAAUUUGAUUUACUUUAUACCAAACGUGCUUUUGUUCAUUGGUAUGUUGGUGAAGGAAUGGAAGAAGGUGAAUUUAGUGAAGCUCGUGAAGAUUUAGCAGCACUUGAAAAAGAUUAUGAAGAAGUUGGAAUUGAUACACUUGAUGCAGAUAAUGAUGAACAACAAGAUGAAUAUUAA